AUGGAGAACAAAGCAGCCCCCGGGGUUCCUUACUUCACCCCGGCCCAAGAGCCACCGGCCGGAACCCCGCUCAAGGCCGAUUCCGCCCCGACGCUGUUCAAGCCUCUUCGCACUCGUGGCGUUGAGCAGCAGAAUCGCUUUGUCGUUUCUCCUAUGUGUACUUACUCCGCCAAGGAUGGUCACUUAACAGAUUUUCAUCUUGUUCAUCUUGGCCAGUUCGCUCUACAAGGUGCUGGCCUCGUCUUUGUUGAGGCCACCGCAGUUGAACCUCGGGGUCGGAUCAGUCCUGAGGACUCUGGUCUCUGGGAGGAUAGUCAAAUCGUCCCUCUGAAGCGUAUCACAGACUUCAUCCAUAGCCAAAACACCAAAGCUGCCAUCCAACUCGCUCAUGUAGGCUCAUUAUUUAAGGAGAAGCCUCAACCGAGCACAGUUGCGCCUUGGAUCGGCGGUACCGUAAACAAAGCACUUGCUACCAAAGAGGUCGGCGGCUGGCCAGAUGAUAUUGUCGCCCCCAGUGCUAUCCCGUUUGCUGAAGACUUUGGAACACCUCACGAGCUGACGACGGAGGAGAUCAAGCAUCUUGUGCAGAAAUGGAAGGACUCCGCUAUAAGAGCCGUCAAGGCUGGCUUUGAUGUCAUUGAGAUCCACGCGGCUCACGGUUACCUCUUGCACCAGUUCCUUUCGCCUCUCUCCAACAAACGAACGGACCAGUACGGAGGUAGCUUUGAGAACCGUGCUCGUCUCCUCUUCGAGAUCAUUGAAGCUAUUCGCGCUGUUGUUCCCGAGGAGAUGCCCGUCUGGGUGCGGAUCUCUGCUACCGAGUGGAUGGAGUGGAAUGACGAGCCAUCCUGGGAUCUCGAGAGCAGUAUUCAGCUCGCAAAACAGCUUCCUGACGCAGGAGUUGACGUGCUUGACAUCAGCAGUGGAGGCAACUUGAAGGCGCAAAAGAUCAAGGCCCAUCAAACGGUCCAGACCGACCUGGCAGGCAAGAUCCACGAUGCCGUCCGUGCUGACGGAAAAGAGCUUCUGAUUGGAACUGUUGGUUACAUCACAGAUGGUCCAUUUGCUCGUUCACUCGUCCAGGAGAACGAGGAUCCCAAGGCUGAUCUCGUGCUUGCUGCAAGACAGUUCCUCAGGGAGCCCGACUUUGUUCUCAGUGCUGCUCAUCAGCUGAACGUUGAUGUCAAGUGGCCGAUUCAGUAUCACCGUGCACCACCUAAACCUCGAGGACCUCACAGCAAGUAG